AUGGACGCGUCGCAGUACUCGACCAAUGGUAUAAACUCGUCCGGUACAGGAAAUGGAGGAUCGUACCCAUCUCCCCCACCUGCCGUCACGCCUCAUCAACUCUCCCAGCACAACUCGCAGCAGAACUCUCCCAUGCCCCAUCACACUCUGCCGCCCCUUCAACCUCACCCCUCCGCCGCCAUGAACCAGAUGUACGGCAGCAACCCGCACACUCCGCGUACGCCCGCCACGCCGAACACGCCCACGUCCAACGCUGGCGGCAACACCAACGGCAACAGCAUGGCCAGUUAUCCCAACCAGGCCGCUCAUGCCGGUCGCGGUGCUCCUUACCAGAUGCAGGCCAACUAUCCUCCUCCGCCUCAAGGCUACGCGACGAGCUCGGGCAUGAUGCCGCAGAGCACCAUGGCGCACUCGCACCCUCAGCCCAUCGCACCUGCCCCCAUUGGCGGCCGAGUGCCCCCCAACCUGCGUCCCAUGCCUCCUGGAGGCGUCAUGCCGCAACCCGGUGUGCAGUCUCCCUACGGUCCUGGCGGUAUGAUGCAGCAGUCUCUGCCUGAUGGCGACCAGCCCACUCACGUUGUCGGUUCGCAAGGUCGCCGCGGCAUUCUGCCCAGCGCGCCCGGCCGUCCCACGGCGCCCCAAGCUGGCUCAGGAACUGCUAAGAGCACCGUCAUCCCCCAGAAGGAUGCCGAUGGUAAAUUCCCGUGCCCUCACUGCACCAAGACGUACCUUCACGCGAAGCACCUGAAGCGUCACCUCCUGCGUCACACGGGCGACCGCCCUUACAUGUGUGUUCUGUGCCGCGAUACGUUCUCCCGAAGCGACAUUCUCAAGCGUCACUUCCAGAAGUGCUCUAUCCGCCGCGGAAACCCCAGCGGUGCCACCCACUUGUCUCACCCCCAGGCCCACGUCAAGAAGAAUGCCGCCGCCCAGCAGAAGGCGGCCGCUCUUGGCCAGGACAACGGAGACCUGAACCACCUCAAUGGCAUGAACAACAUGUCGGCUGAUGGCAUCGUGCAGCCUUUCGGCAUGAUGCCCCAGGUGCCCGAGGGCAUGGCCAACCUCGCCAACGACCAGAACCAGCUGUCCCGCGCCAGCAGUCUUAACAGGAUGGAGAAUGGCAACGGCCAGGACAGGCGCGGCAUCCCUGGCAUGCCCGGUAACCCCCGCGGAGGCAACUUCGAGCAGGGCUACGGUGGCGAUGUCCAGAACCCGAUGCAGCCUGGUCUCGGCCAGCAGCUGCCCAACUACAACAUGCCUCCUGGCCAGAACGGCAUGCCCAUGUAUGGCGGCAACAACCAGAACCAGCAGCCAGGCCUUGACUGGACUCAGAUGUUCCCUCCCGGUGCGCAACCCAAUCACCCAUAUGACAAUCCCCCCCCUAAUAAUCGUCAGACGCAGAUCGGAGUCAAACUAGAGCCUAAUCCCGACGUUUCGAGAACAGAAGCCUUUCCUGGCGUGAAACCGACCGAAGCAACUUUCACGUCUUGGGGCUUACCGGCAUCGGUCCCUGAUCCCUUUUCCUACAUAUCCAACCAAAUUCUCAAUUUCUUCUAUCCUGACGGCUCCUCCAUUACCCACGAAAGCGCUGGCCUCAACCUGACCUUCUCUCCCGACAACAUCAAGGAUUUCUUGGAAAAGUACACACACUUUCACGUGCAUUUUCCCAUCCUCCACAUCGCCACCUUCAAUGUGGCUCACUCGUAUACCGGCUUACUCGCAGGAAUGUGCUGCAUUGGCGCUUGCUAUUCGGAUCGCGUGUCUGCCGAGCACGUAAGGCAAAUGAUGGAUUUCCUGCGGUCUGCUCUCAUCCGUGACAUUCAGUUCAUGUCGGAAGCGUUCGGAAUCCCCUACGCCGGCGCCGAGACGUACGAACGCACGGUCUUUGACAAGAGAGCGACCGAGGAGCUCCAGGCCGCCAUGCUGAUGCAGGUUGUCUUUCUGUGGCACGGCACACCGACGCAGCGUCAGACCGGCUUCCAGUCUUUUCCUGUCGUCCUGGAUCGUGCUCGCAAUCUUGGUUUGCUCCAGGUGUCCACAGGAGCGCCCCUCGUCAGUCCACUUCACCAGACCAACUCUUCUCCGCACAACUUUGAUGUCUCCACUUUCAACUGGGACAUGUGGGUUGCGCAAGAGAAGCGGAUUCGCUUGAUGCACAUUAUCUUUCUUUGUCAUGCGGCAUUGGAACUCUAUUUCAACCUGGACUCGCAGCUGGACAGCUUCGACAUGCAGAUUCCUCUGCCAUCAGAUGAUGCCGCCUGGGACUCCCGGACUAGUCGAGAAUGCGAGGUUGCUCUUGGCCUUCACGGCCCACUCCUCGCACGAGAAAGCAACAUGGAUGGAACGCAGCGCAGUACCCAGCCAAUCAUGGCCCAGGUCUUGCGAACUCUGUUCCAUAGUUCUUACCAGGUUCAACCGGGCAGCACCAAUCUCUAUGGCAAAUUCAUCCUGAUCCACGGCAUCUUGUCGUCAAUGCGAAAAGUGCAGCUGACCGGCAAUGCGUCUUUCCUCGUCAAUUGCGGAACGCCUCCCUUGUCUGACUGGAUGGUGGCGGACCGCUUCGAUCCAAGCACCGUUUCGGGGCGUACUAUACCUGUUGAGGGUGGUUGUCAAAUGGCACCGGAAGUGCUCGCGCUGUUUCGCGUUGCUCUGGACAAGUUCAAGUCGAAUUGGGACGCUGACAUGGUCACUCAAUUUCCGCCCAACCUUGGCCCAGGCAGCGCGAGACGAUAUGGGUUCUCGCGGGAUGGCGUCCAUUUUUAUUGGAUGGCCAAGUUUCUGCUGAAGCACACGCAGCCCGCGCACCUUCAGCAGGCGCCUGAUUCCCGGUUUACGAACGUCAUCAAGCUAUUAAAGUCUGUCAGGGCUUGGGUCAUGUCAGAUGGAGCCUCGCGAGGCGAAGAAUUGGGUUCGGUCGGCGAUAUUGACAAGGAUUUUGGGGCCAUGGAUUUGACGCUCGACAUGGCCGGUCUUUUUAAGCCCGUGCCAGAGGUCGUGGCCACUCCAGGGAUACCUUCUGUUCAAACAAACAUCGGCGGCAUCGGCGGAGGUAUGAUUUGA